AUGCCAGCCUAUUCAAACCUUGAUGUCCUCGGAGCAGACUUCUUGCGACUACUCAACUCGCCCGUAGGAUCAGAUGUGCGGCUAAUCAUCGGGGAGGAACAGGCGGUCAUGCAUGCGCACUCCCUUGUCCUGCAGGCAAGGAGCGCCUACUUUGCUCGAGCACUCAGCAGCGACUGGAAGGAAGCCAACCACGGAGUCAUACACAAACCCAACAUCAAGCCCGCCGUCUUUGAGAAGAUCCUGGAGUACAUUUAUGGAGGGCGACUGAUGGUGGAUGACAAGAUAGUGAUAGAUCUGAUCAAAGCUGCGGACGAGCUCUGCAUGGAGGACUUGCUACAUGGAUGUGAGCAGCAUGCGCUGUCGAUAGUGUGUCGUGCUAAUGUUCUGGAUAUGGUCCAUCUAGCAUCGCAGCACCAUCUCAAGGAGCUCAAGGCCGAGUGUCUCGAUUUCAUUGCGGCCAACAUUGAUUAUCUCAAGCGCGGCAAACCCAUCCUUACCCUGGACGCGGAUGUGCUCAGGGAUAUCCUCUCAAUGGACCAACUUGACUUGGACGAACUGGAGAUCUGGAAGAUCGCCGUCAGGUGGACGUACUAUCAGCAGGGUCUUGAAUGGGACCAUUGUCCCCUUGUGGAUUUCCCCAAGGGCUCUGGCUGCAUCAUUGUACAGAUUUUGUCGGACGACAGUCCAUGGAGUCAGUAUAAGGACGAAGACGACUGUUUGGAUAGCGCAGACGAAGCCUUCGGCGAUGCCCGGGUGCCCCUGCAUGGGAAAAACAUCCGCAUUGGACGAGAACAGAGUAUGGGCGAAGACGGAUUCCGGUCAACUUCUCAGUCUGUUUUUCAGACUGCUCCGAACCAUAACAUCCUUCAGCUAUCAGCCGCCCUCCAUGAGAGCCUUCGAAAUCAAAUUGCACCUUUACUCCCUGCUAUCCGAUUCAUGAGGAUACCGAGCAUGGACUUCCUACGGCUUAUAGAGGGCACUGGCUUGCUUCCGGUGCAGCUGUGUGCCAAGGUGUAUCGCUAUCAUUCAGUGCCUUCGAUGGCGGAUCCAUAUCAGACUUCGCUGCGGCGGCGCAUGGCAUUCUCGACUAUCUUGGGCAAGGAGCACAAGGACGUCGUGCUCGAAUGGUUGAAAACAGCAUCUCAGGACAAUUCAACGGGCAACGCUAAUAACGCAUGGCGUAGAAGGAGUAGCGGCUAUACUGGCCAGUCAAACCAAGGAACCUUAUCCGCAAUAAGGUCGUCGGAUCCAACCCCCUUCACUUGGUCGGGGGGACUUUCGUCUACCCGCUUAUCCUCAGCAUCAUCACCAACCAUCUCGCCAUUUGCCGUGAAUAUGCCUUCAUCUUCACCUCCUCUCAGCCGUGGCAUUGGCUUGUCGUCACCUACCAACCAUCGAACGAUACCAGCAGGAAGCCAGUCGCCGACUUCUGCAAACUCUCCGCCAAAGUCGGCGCAGUCAACCCAAAACGCAGCACCUCAGCAUAAAAUGAUUCUGCAAUACCGAGCGACCCGUGAUGGAUUUGAUGCCGCUAAUUUCCACAUGGCCUGCGACCAGCGUGGCCCGACAUUGACGGUCAUCCGUGCAGACAACGGCAUGAUUUUUGGAGGAUACAACAGCUCUUCGUGGUCGAGUCAUCCGUCGGGUGUGUAUUCUGCCUCGCGAAGCAACUUUCUAUUCACUCUCAAGAGUCGCGAGCAUCCGCACAGGGAAAACGCAAUAUUUGGUAUCAAUGGAGACGGCAACACGGCUGCUUACAACAAGGCGGACUUUGGACCGACAUUCGGGAUUGGGCACGAUCUUUAUUUGGCCACGAAUUGUAACCUGAACUGCCAGUCUUCGUCGAUAAUGCCAUCAUCGUACAAUGGCGUUGGUGCAUCAACAACGACGCUUGCGGGAUCGUUUUAUUUCAGGGUGCAGGAGUAUGAGGUUUUCAUGGUCCAGUCAUCAUCCUCCUCCUCCAGCUCGCAGCGUUAA